CCGCCCUACCCCCGCCCGGGGGGCGGGCCGGGCUCCGCUCUCCGUGUAGCUCCCAGGCCGCAGAGGGCCUUGCGCAGCGAGACCAGGCGUCGUCCCGCGCGGUCUUCGGGUGCAGGGCCGCGGGCGGGCCAAGCCGGAUACCCCAGUCCUUGGCAGUCCCCCGAGGCUCACAGAGUGCUUCUGCGGAGCCUCGCCGCACGCAGGCAGGGUGGCCACUGCCGUGGGUGUGGAGGUGCCUGACAAGAUGAAGAGUCGAAUCCCAGUGGUGCUCCUGGCCUGUGGCUCCUUCAAUCCCAUCACCAACAUGCACCUGCGCUUGUUUGAGGUGGCCAGAGACCACCUACACCAAACAGGAAUGUACAAGGUGAUCGGGGGCAUCAUCUCUCCUGUCAAUGACAACUACAGAAAGAAAGACCUCGUGGCUGCACACCACCGGGUGGCCAUGGCCCGGCUGGCCCUGCAGACGUCCGACUGGAUCCGGGUGGACCCCUGGGAGAGUGAGCAGGCGCAGUGGAUGGAGACGGUGAAGGUACUGAGGCAUCAUCACAGUGAACUGCUCAGAUCUCUGCCCCAGACGGAAGGCCCGGACCAUGGCAGGGCUCACUCCUUGGCCCCGACAGGAUGAAUAAUUGACACAAAAUGUUUCUGGAGAAAGGCUUAUGAGGUAAGCAGAAAAAAAUCAGGAUACAAUACUGUAUAUAUAAUCUCAAGUAUAUAAAAACAUGUAAAUAUACUUACACAUCUAUUUGCAUGUCUAAAUCAAUAGAAAAACUGAAAAACUACACUCAAAUAUUGACGGCUUUGGAGAAAGCAGAAUUGUUUUCUACCUUGAAUAUGUGUUUUUCAUACAUUUUAUAAUUGACACAGAUUUCACGUUUGUGAUCAGCGGUGGGGGCGGGGCGGGGAACUAGAGCAGUUACAAAAAGGAAGGAGGUGGAGUUCUUCCUCAGCAUACAUUGGGCUUCUGAUGAGGUGGCUUGUAGAUUACUAGUGGCAGAGCUCUAAAGGACCGUUCUGUGUGCUGUGUAUUUUAUUGUGUGUUCUCCUCUGGGACUGCAGACUGUGGGCUGAGCUCAGCAUUCUCUGGCUGCCAGAGCCCUGCUCGUGUGAUUUGCAGCCCUCCGUGGACUGACCCUGCCAUGCCGAGUUCUGGACGGCUUGGCUGUGACACUUUGGGACAGAUGAUGCCUCGGUCCUCUAACAGCCCAACAGUGUCAGUCUCUUGUGAAGGUGGUCCCUGCGCUCGGCUGAUGGGGCUGAGCACAGCUCAGCAACCUUCAGAGAGGAUACAUGUGUAUCAUCUGACUCCAUUCUGCACUGAUUGUUCCACGGUGGCCUUGUCUGGUUAAUUGGGGUGCUGCCCUUUAAUACCUGGCUUCAGCUCUGGUGUCCUGUGUCCCCAGAAGUCCCACACUCCUGAGUGUGGCUGCACUCACUCCACCCCUCAAUUUCCAGAACCUCCGCAGGAGGUCAGCCCCAUUUUACAGCUGAGGAAACAGGCCCAUCUGCUGUAAUUCUCCCAGGGUUCCGGCAGAUCUGAAACCGGAAACCAGGGCUGACUGACCUCAGGGCUGCUGUUCUUGACGUUAAGAAUUAAGGCAGCUGGACAUUCAAAGAAAAUGGUCCUGGUGGCACUUCCCUCACUUUUCAUGUAAACCUCUGCUUCAUCUGCUUCUCGAAACCAGUGGCUAUUCCAAAGAGCACAAUGCCCCAAAAUGCCCACGGACAUCCGAUUUAGGUCACUGAUUCGUGCUUGAGACGAAUCAAACCGGCAGCCUUUUUUCAACACCUCAGACUUACGAACCUUGGACUUGGACAGCCAGUCAUUAGAUCUGAAGAGCUCAUAGCAGUGAUGUAAGUGGAUUUGAAAGAGAUGUGAUGGUCUCUUUGAGGACUGCCCAGAGUUGGAGUCCAAGGCACGUGUUGCCAGAAGAAGCGAUCACCCCACAGACAUGCCUUUGAUUUGGGGGAAAGGGAGGUGUGGGCAUGUGUCCCCUGUCGGCAGGAGCACACAGUGAAUUGUACUCCUGUCAUUGUUCAUAAAUCAGACGGUAUCUAAUAUCUAAGCCAGUAGGUAGAAAUUACCGCCACAA